UCAAUGACGUUUAGAUUGUGCCUGUCUAUCCUCUUCCUCAUAUUUGGUCGCUCGUGGCUUUUCGUGAACAUCCUUGGCUUUGUUGCCCUCGGUCUCGAGAGCACGUUACCCAUUCCGCAGCUCAUCAGCAACUAUAAGCAGAAGUCUCUGUAUGGUUUCCGCAUGUCUACAUUGAUCGGCUGGGUAGGCGGUGACGCAUUCAAGUGAGUACUAUUCGUUAUAGGACAGCAUAAGUUGCUACUAAGUUCUCUUCAGGACUGUGUACUUCUUUCUGCAGAAUAACCCUCUGCAAUUCAAGGUGUGCGCCAUAUUCCAACUUUCAGUCGACUUCGGUGCGUUCGAACU